ACGGGUUUCAAUAUUUCUGGCAGCUAUCCUUCCGCUGCAAAUCCUCUGGGAAACCCAGCAUUUCCGGGUCAGACGACAGAUGGAGGCGUAAAUUGGAUCGGAUUCUUGAUAUCCAAGUAUAAUACCUCGCUGACGUUGUCUUUCAACUUUGCUGUGGCUGGAGCGACCACAAACUCCAGCAUUGUUGCUCCUGGGAGUCUUUCGAUUCCCGACCUUGGUCAACAGGUGAAUCUCUUUAGCAAUAGCAUUGCUUCUAAGCCGCCCUCCGCUCCUUGGAACAGCCAUGAUACCCUGGCAGGUAUAUGGAUGGGAAUUAACGACCUAGGAGGAACCUAUGCGCUGUCUAAUCUAGACAGUCUCCUCAACGAAAUCAUGACCAGUUACUUUGGCCAGUUGCAGAUUCUGUACAACGCAGGGGUCCGAAAUUUUAUCUUGCUUGCUGUCCCUCCCAUGCAGAGGACGCCCGUUUUUAUCGACCGAGGGAGCGAAGCCGUUAGUCAGGACGCCGCUGCUAUUGCAAAAUACAACAGCCUACUCCAGACUCACCUUUCUAACUUCCUGUCGUCCCACGCUGACGCCAGAGCAAAAUUCAUAGACACACAACAUCCUUUCGACCAGGCACUCGAUAAUCCAACCGCCUACGGUGCACCAAAUGCAACUUGCGUCAAUUGGGAUGGAUAUUCAUGCCUCUGGCGAGAUCCCUAUCACCCUGGGGUUGCGAUCCAGGAUCUUAACGCGCAGUAUGUCAAAUCAGAGCUUGAAGGCUGGUUCUUGCACAGACAUCAUUAG